GUCGUCAGCGAUCUAAUAAUUGAAUAACGGAUUCGUUCGUUCAGUAGUUCUUUUCCGUUUUCAUUGUCGACGAGGCCGUCUAAACAGGAUCACUUCGGCAACUAAUUUUUCGCUGAGAUUGUGAAAAAUUAAAAUAGAAAAAAAAUUGCAUUAUUAACAUAAUUCAUUUGUACGGCUAACACCUUAACGUUGUGAAAUAAACAUAAUAUUCAAAUGUAUUGAAACGACAGAAGUCGUCGCCAGUAUUGGACAAAACGCGUGCGCCGCCGAGUUACUUCUAAUAGCGGCGUACUCGCGAUGUAUAUAGGGCACUCUUCCACCAUGGUCCAGAUGGGCGCGAAGACGACGACCAUAACAGAGUCUGACAUGUUACAACAGGAAACGUACCUGUUGAAAAACGACCAAAAGGAACAGAAGACGACCAACUAUGACGGAGAGCAGUCCGCACAGUUCCCAGUCAACAAGCAGGAAAUCAUAUGGAUGAACGUCGUGUUCAUCACUUUGUUACACGUUUUGGCCGUAUACUGUUUUUGCAACUACUUCUUCUCCACGAAAUGGCAAACUUACGUAUGGUCUUUCAUAGUCGGCGGUAUUGGUGGAUUUGGAGUUACCGGCGGCGCACAUCGAUAUUUCACACAUAGAUCGUUCAAAGCGAAAUUACCAUUACAAAUCAUACUCAUAUUGUGUUACACAGUAUCGGGACAGAACGACAUACCCGAUUGGGUUCGCGACCACCGAGUGCAUCACAAGUUCAGCGAGACGGACGCCGACCCACAUAACGCCAACAGGGGUUUCUUCUUCUCGCACGUCGGUUGGCUGAUGCAGCGCAAACACCCCGAGGUCUACAGACGGGGCAAGACCAUCGACAUGUCCGAUAUCGACAACGAUCCACUGGUGCAGUUUCACACCAAGCACUUUUUACUGUUCAAGAUGUUGUUAUGUUUCAUCAUACCCGUUUUGGUGGCGGUGUACGUGUUGAAUGAAAACUGGGUGGAAGCCAUCAGCUCACUGGCCGUUGUCCGGUACGUGUUGAACUUGAACUUCACGUGGUCAGUCAACAGCGUGGCUCACAUCUGGGGAAGCAAGCCGUAUGACAAACGCAUUCAACCCGCGCAGAACUUGAUGGUGUCCAUUGUGGCCAUGGGCGAGGGCUGGCACAACUACCAUCACGUGUUCCCGUGGGACUACAGGGCGGCCGAGAUCGGCGGAUACCUGUUGAACACUACCACGCUGUGGCUAGACCUGUUCGCCAGCAUCGGUUGGGCGUACGAUCUCAAGACUCCGUCCAAGCAGCUCGUCCAGCAGGUGGCCGUCAAUCACGGCGACGGAAGCUGGCGAGAGGAACCGGAAACGGCGCACACACGGGACUAUAAGACUUCAUAA